AUGCGAUUCCAAGGAGUCAUUGGUGCAGCCCUUUUGGGUUCAUCUGCCCUGCAGCAUGUCGCUGCAUCUACGCAGCCUGAUGUCGAAGGUGAUCUCGUCAACAUUGAUGGUUACCUCGUGAACGCUGAGCGUCUCGAGACCCGUCAAUCAGCACCUGCAAAGAUUGCCGUCACUGGAGUCACUGGAAAUGGCGUUCAGCCUAGAAUGGAACUCCGUACCAUGCAGCAACAAUAUCCUGACAUGUUCAAUGUCUUCCUUCUUGGUCUACGCAGCUUCAUGCAGAUGAGCCAGUCAGACCCUCUGUCCUACUAUCAGAUUGCCGGUAUUCAUGGCAGACCUUAUGUUCCAUGGGAUGGUAUUGGCAGUGCUCCCGGCUUCGGUGGUGGUUACUGCACUCACACUUCCAACAUGUUCCUACCAUGGCAUAGACCAUACCUGGCUCUGAUUGAGCAAGAGCUUUACAAGCAUGUUCAACAAGCCGCACAGUCUUUCCCCGCUGGUGCGACCAGAAACAAGUACGUUGCCGCGGCUCAAAACUGGCGUUACCCCUACUGGGAUUGGGCUGCAGCUCCUUGUUCAAGCUGUAAAGCAUUCCCUGCUCUGCUCAGCGAUCAAUGGGCUACGGUCACCACUCCAACCGGUAUCCAGACCAUUGCCAACCCUCUCUUCCGUUAUGACUUCCACCCUGUUUCUGUGUCUGACAUGGUCUACAACCCUUUCGCAUCUUGGGACGUCACCAAGAGAUAUCCUUCUUCUUGGGACGCUUCUGCAGGUAGUCAGAACAACCUUCUCAAUCCUAUCUUCACCAACAGCCAGGUCAAUUUCCGCGAUCGUCUGUACAACCUUUUCACCAACUACAACAACUUCCACCAGUUUGGUGAUUCGGCAUGGAUCACCGCUAGCUCCACCAAUGCUGACAGUCUCGAAUCGCUUCACGAUGGUAUCCACUCAAGUGUUGGUAACAAUGGUCACAUGACUUAUCUCGAUUAUGCUGCAUUCGACCCAGUAUUCUGGUUACAUCAUGUUAUGGUUGACCGCAGCUUCGCGUUGUGGCAAAGCAUCCACACCGACAGCUAUGUGCAGCCUCUCGCAGCAGUCGGAAGCACUUUUACCUACCCUGCUGGAACUAUCAACGAUGUGAACUCGCCCCUCACGCCAUUCUUCAAGGACACUGCUGGUACCAACUGGACUUCGGCCGAUGUGCGCGACACCACCAAGCUUGGUUACACUUACCCUGAACUUCAAAAUGGCGCUACUGCUGCCAGCGUUCGUGCAGCUAUCAACAGACUUUACGGAAAGAACGCUGUUGCCGCAGAUGUAUCAGCAAAUGUCAACCUCGGGAACGCCGCAUCCUCUGCACCUGCAUCUUCCUCGACACCGGCAGCUCCUUCCGCUCCAGCAGUCCCUUCGGCAUCUGCAAAGCCUUCAGGCCCAACACCACCUGUAGCGCCUUCGAGACAGAAUGCUCAGCGACCUGGACUCGCUAGCAUCUGGAGAAGCCACCCCGUACAUAUCUGGAGCCCCUGGUGGAAGCGUGAUAACAUGACUGGCGAACCGUACUACAACGCCAACGGCACGAACGGCACUGAUGAGUACCAUCAUGAAUACAUCUGCAACAUUGUGUCUCAGAAGUUCGCCAUGAACGGAUCAUACGCCGUCUAUGUAUUCUUGGGUAACGUUUCAUCAAACUCCACUGAGGAGCUGCAACUCUCGCCCAACCUUGUCGGUACCUACUCCGUCUUCUCCAACAUGCCUUCCGAGGACAAUGACAUGGCCAACAUGGAUCUCAAGAUUACCGGCACUGUUCCCCUGACCACCUCUCUUCUCGGAAAGUACGAGACUGGAGAGUUGAGAACCAUGCUCCCGGCCGAUGUUGAGCCAUACCUUCGCAAAAACCUCCAGUGGAGAGUGGCCAAGUACGACGGAGGAGAAGUUGCUGUCGCAGAUGUGCCCGAUCUUUCGCUCAACGUUGUACAAGCUCAAGUCACUCCCGCUGCUGACGAAACCGAAUUCCCUCAGUGGGGCGCCUUCACUGCUCUCACCAGUGUAACUGCUGGUAAGGUCGGUGGCUACAGUGCACAAUACUGGAACUGCCCCGAGGAUGGCUCGUCAUUCGACAACGGCUACUCAGGUACCCCGGCCGCUCCUCAAACUCCUGAAACACCUGCAACCAGCGCCUCCGCUCCUUACGGUAACGGCACUGCCGCCUCACCAGUCGCUCCUCAAGGUACUGCAGCUGGCACUGGCUCGGUCAUUCCCUUGUCACCCACGACCUACACCGGCGCAGCCAACAUUGUGAGUAUGUCCGGUUGUGCCAUCGCUUUGGCAGCUGCAGCCCUUCUCAUCUAG